AAGAUUCCAUCUUCACGAUAAACUCUUCUCCUUGCCCACUGAUUUGAAACUUCCUUGGUCUUCACGAUUUCCUCUCGUUAAAGCGGCGGCGGCGCAGAGGUCGAGGAGGAGGCGAUGGAGGGAGGAUUUGACGGCGCGGGGGCGGCCGAAGUAGUGGCGGAGUUGAGGGAGAGCUUCGAGUCCGGGAGGACGAGGAGCUUCGAGUGGAGGGUGGCGCAGCUCAAGGGCAUCGCGAGGCUGAUCGUUGAGAAGGAGGCGGAGAUCACGGCGGCGCUCGAUGACGACCUCGCCAAACCCCAGAUAGAAUCUUUCAUUGGCGAGAUUUCAAUGGUAAGGGAAUCAUGCCGUUUUGCCCUCAAAGAAUUGAAACGCUGGAUGAAACCGGAGAAGGUGGCGACUUCGGUUACAACUUUUCCAUCAUCAGCAAAAGUGGUGUCAGAGCCCCUUGGUGUUGUGCUGAUCAUUUCAGCAUGGAAUUACCCCUUUUUGUUAUCCAUUGACCCUGUAAUUGGAGCCAUUGCAGCUGGCAAUGCUGUUGUUUUGAAGCCAUCAGAAGUUGCACCAGCCACAUCAUCAUUUUUCGCAAGAAUUCUACCAGAUUAUGUAGAUAACUCUUGUAUCAGAGUAGUUGAAGGAUCUAUUCCUGAAACAACAGCACUUUUGGAUCAGAAGUUUGAUAAAAUACUCUAUACAGGCAACGCAAGAGUAGGCCGUAUUGUGAUGACUGCAGCUGCAAAGCAUCUAACACCAGUAGUCCUGGAGCUUGGAGGAAAAUGUCCUGUUCUUGUUGAUUCCAAUGUUGACAUCAAAGUCGCAACAAGGAGAAUUGUUGCGGGCAAGUGGGGAUGCAAUAGCGGACAAGCUUGUAUCGCACCGGAUUAUAUUAUUACAACAAAAUCAUUUGCUCCAAAAUUGGUGGAUGCUCUAAAAAUAACUUUGGAGAAAUUCUACGGCAAGGAUCCAUUGGAAUCAGCAGAUCUAUCUCGCAUCGUGAACUCCAACCAUUUCAAACGCUUGAUGAAUCUUUUGGAUGAUGAAAAGGUUUCCGGCACGAUUGUCCAUGGAGGCCAGCGGAAUGAAAAGCGCCUAAGAAUCGCUCCUACAAUCCUAUUAGAUGUUCCCAGUGAUUCACUAAUAAUGAAAGAGGAAGUAUUUGGCCCCCUACUUCCAAUUGUCACGGUUGAUGAGUUGCGAGAGGGAUUUGGUCUUAUAAAUUCAAAAGGGAAGCCGCUUGCUGCCUAUCUCUUCACCAAGGACAGGAAAUUAGAAGAGAAGUUUGUGAAAAGUGUAUCCGCGGGGGGAAUGGUCAUCAAUGACACAAUCUUACAAGUCACCAACCCUCGUCUGCCAUUUGGUGGCGUAGGAGAGAGCGGAAUGGGGUCUUACCACGGAAAAUUCUCAUUUGAUGCAUUUAGUCACAAGAAGGCGGUGUUGAGCCGUGGUUUUGGUGGCGAUGUUUCUAUGAGGUACCCUCCAUAUACGGCACACAAGCAGAAAAUUCUGAGGGGGCUGAUCACCGGCAACAUCAUAGCGGUGUUUCUCGCACUGAUUGGGUGGACUCGACAUUGAAGAUCCAAUUGUCUCCGAUCCAAUAUCUCUAGCUGAUCAUGUUAUCCAUCUAAUGAGAUCUUUCUGUGAAAUGUAGUUUCUAGUUGAUUUCCAGGAAACGAAUAUUAUGUCUUCUAUAUUACAUUAAAUUAAAUUAAAUUAAAUAUAUAUGUGGAUAUAUUGAA